UCCUUUUGCAGGGUCGACCGAAGGGGGCGUGUCAUGUCCCAAGAACCGGAGCGUGCGGCAAUGGCGGCCGCGCCCGCAAGGGCUCGCGCGCCGUCGGCUGCCUCUGCACCCCCGCCGGCCAAGAGGAAGAAGAAGGGCCCGGCAAGUCGUCACCGUGCCUCGCCGGUCCUUCCGGCCGCGGGCUGGUCCGCCCUCCCGCCAGACCUCGUCCGCCGCGUCGCCGACUGCCUUCUGGCCACCAACGACCUGGACUGCUACAUGGACUUCCGCGCCGUCUGCCCCGGCUGGCGUGACGCCACCGACGACCCCAGGAGCGACCCCUCCGACCCCCGCUUCCGCCCGCGCCGCUGGGUCAUCCUCCUCGACGAGGGCUUCCAGCUCCAGGACGACGCCAACGCCGACGCCGCCGGCGGCGGCGAGCAGCUGCUCCUGCUGAACGCCGCGACGGGGCGCUUCGUCCGCAAGAGGCUCCCGCUGCUCCGCCGGUACUACGUCGUGGCCACCACCCUCGGCGGCUUCUUCGUCCUGGCGGACAGGAACCCUCCCCACGCCGCCCGCGUCUUCAACCCGCUCACCGGCGUCCUGAUCCGGUUCGCGGCCCCCGUGCCCGCCGAGAAGGAGGUGGCCGCCCUCCUUACAAGUCACCGCGACAGCCCUUGGCCCCUGCUCUGCUUGCUCUGCGCCUCAUCUCGCAGGCGGUACCUCGCUGCUCCCGACAGCCAAAGCUUCGUCCACGGGGAGCGCGAGGGCAAGGAGGAUCCUAACUACAAUUUCACACGGAUGGCGGUCGCAGGUGGCAUCAACACCAAGCCAAAACCAGAAGACUGGUUCCCCAAGAUCUUCGAUCUGGUUCAUGUCGAUCCUCGUGAAGAAGAUGUCUGGCAUUUCCUGGUGGAGCUCGGUGGACAGGUGCUGAUCGUCGUCAAGCUGCGGGGGCGCGUCAAGGUUUUCAGGUACGACGACGCCGAGCUCGAGCUCAUGCCCGUGGAGAGCAUCGGCAGCCAUGCCGUCUUCGUCGGUCACCACAGGUGCCUGGCCGUGGACGCCUCCAGGUUCCCUUCCGUCGAGGCAGACUGCAUCUACCACAUUGAUCGACGGGGGCUGUCAGCCCACAUCUGCAUGUACAGCCUCAGGGACGAGAAAGAGGAGAGGGUCUCGGGUGGUGCCGUCGAUUUCGUGAAGCCGCACAAGCUCUUCGUCCUCGUCGCCGACCGCCCUUUCACCAUCGUCCAGCUUCUCUGCAGCUACACCAUCAACGCCCGGGAUUCUCAGCUGCCUCUGCCAAAAGAGCCGACAACUUUGACAAGAAAUCGUUUUAAUUUUCUCUCUAGUCUUCGUUCUGUUAAUUGGGGCUAAGAGCUUAAGAAGAGGCUGACUCUAGGUUAGAUUCCUCUGGUGGUGGAGGGAUCUACUAUUUGUGGGGCUUAGUUAAUUAGGAACUGAUAUGAACCCAAUGCUCCAUCUAUUUUGCCUGAUGCUAUCUCUCAUAUCUGUUUGUGUGCACUUGUUCUUCCAUUGUUUCACUUCGCAACGCAGCCCUGCAACUGAAUCGUUGAACACUUUGAAUAUAUGCGGUUCGCUGCAGGAUUUGUUUA